GUGCUGACGAGAGGGACACUAAGGAUCACUGGUCAACUGUAAACACUGAACAUAACUACAAUGAAGCUCAUUUGUUUUGGUUUGCUUGCCUGCCUGGCUAUUCCUGCUCUUGGCGAUAAUCUAGUACAGUUAGCUACCAAACUAGGAGCAAAAACAUUAGUUGAGUUUGUGACAGAGGCCGGUCUAGCAGACACCCUUGCAAAUGGAGGACCCUUCACUGUGUUUGGACCAACUGAUGAUGCUUUCAACAAAUUACCAAGUAAAGUAGUAAAAAUGUUAAAAGAGGACAAAAAACUGCUAGCUGACGUACUGAAGUUCCACGUCCUGAACGGCAAAGUAUUUUCAUCACAGCUGUCCAAUGAACUUACUGCUCCUUCACUAAACCCAUUGGCUAAAGUCCGUAUCAACAUUUACCAAGGCGGAAAGGUGAUAACAGCAACCGGAAGCCCUGUAGUGUUACCAGACCAGAAUGCUACCAAUGGAGUCAUCCAUGUUAUAGAUAGAGUCAUGUUUCCUCUACCAUUAGUGUCGGUAACAGGAAUGGUAGGAAUGGAUCCUAAGUUGUCUACUCUCCUCACAGCUGUCAAGGCUGCCGAUCUCGUACAAACGCUCUCCGGCGAUGGUCCAUUCACCCUAUUUGCUCCCACAAAUGAAGCCUUCCAGAAAUUGCCCGCUGGAGUAUUGGCCAAUCUUUUAAAGAAUAAGACAGCUUUGGCCGACGUCUUGACAUAUCACGUUGUUUCUGGAACGUUCUAUAGCGCUGGGUUAACAAAUGGAAUGUCAGCAACAACAGUCGAAGGGAAACCAGUCACGAUCACCAUUAGUGGAGGAAAAGUUAUGGUUGGAAAGUCCACUGUAGAAAAAGCCGAUGAUGCAGUGUCCAAUGGAGUUGUUCAUAUCAUCGACACCGUACUUAUUCCACCUGCCCUUAGAUCAACAAUUCUUCCAUGAAGAAAUCCUUGAUGCAGUGAAGAGUAUUACUCACAUUUGUAAUUUAUCAAUUCUUCAAUGAAGUGAAUGUACAGUUUUUAUUUAUAUUAAAAUGACUUUUGUUAUAUAA